AUGUUUAAUAUUAAUUCAAAAAAAAAUAAGAAAAGGCGUGAAUUGACCACUCAACAGGACUACUAUUUAGAAGGUAUCGACUAUGAACAACAAGGUGAGAGGUGGAUUCAUAGUGAUAUUCGAAAGUCAUUAACCAACUACUUAUCGGCAUUCAUGACGUAUGAGAAGGGGAUCUCGUUGUUUAAAGGCAAUGGAGAUCGUAAAUGUGAAUAUGAUAUAAAGUUUAAUAUGACUAGGAUUUCACUUGUAAUAUAUUCUGAAUAUAUUUGUAAUGAUUAUGGUAUGAAUCUUUUAAAAUAUAUAGAUUUAGAGAAUUCGACUUUGGAUCUAAAUAAAAUUGUUAUUCCAUUGCCUGAUAUAAUUAAGAAUUUUGAAAAUGUCUAUACAGAAUAUCACGAUGUUAAAACAUGGGAUUUUGAUUACAAUUUAAUAACAUCUUAUUUAUCGUAUAUUGAAAAUGAAGAGAUGUAUGAGAAUAUCAGCAUGGAAGAACUUGACUCGAUCACUGAAAAAAUGUUGAUGAUAUUAAAUGAGUUGAUUGUUACUAUUCAGCAAGAAACGAUCCAAUAUAACGAGGCGAUUGCGUCAAUUGAACAAAAAUCCAAUGAGGAAGAGAUGAACGAUAACAGCUUCAAGAAAGAAGAAAAAAUUGAGGACGAGAGCGAUGAAUACAUGGAGGUUAGCGACACAGUGACCAAUGACACGCUACCGGAAGUGUUGUGCAUUGGCUACAAAUAUAUCAUCGGUGUGUUUGAGAGAGGAAUAUUCAAUAAUGAAAAAGUUAAUCAAUUAUACUCUGCAUUGAACACAAUUGAAGUGCAUGACGCCAAAGUGGCUGAGAGUGAAUCCAUGAUCGAGUUAUCAAAAUUAAAAGAACAGAUUAACGGCAUGGGAUUGUAUUCCCAUGCUUUUGAAACACAAGAAGAAUAUUUAAAUCGACUUUCAAAAGUUGACAUAACUACUACAACCUUGGUAAUUGAAUUUUUCAUUAGUACUAUUGGAGACGACGACGUCUCCAAUAAAUGGAAAUUGUGCACACAGUUGAAUAAGAUAUAUAACGAACAAUUGAAAAACAAUGGAUUACAGAUAAUGUACAAAUUACUAUUAAUGUUAAAUUUACUAGAAAAUGAAAUUGAAAGAUGUAAACUAAGUGCGUUUUUAAAAAUGAAUGAAAAGACAACACAUAUCCUUGAAAAGAACUGUCUAACCAUGAAAAACAAUAUAAUUAAACUUUGUGACAUGCCCUCUUCAGUAGAUAAAUUGAAUGAGAAUAUAAUCAAAAAACUACAAAGACAAUACAUCAAAGACCAAGCGACAGAGUUGUUGAGUAUGUGA